AUGCCUUCCCGUAUGAAAUUAUUCUUCUACCUCAUCAUCCUCACUGGUGCUAUUGCUAUAUUUGCAAUUUUCUUUUGCCCUUCUCCUCUGCCUCGCAUUGCCAAUACUCAGGUGCACUACCCAGUUCAAGAUUCUGGUAUUUUUGAGGAAGUCUUCCGGUACCCCGAUGUCUUCUUGAGAAAUUAUGCUCUAAUGGAGAAGGGUUUCAAAAUCUUCAUAUACCCAAAAGAUGUACUGGAUCAGUUUUACAGUGAGUACCUUCCCCAGGGGACUACUUUUGAAGUGUUCUUCUCCCUCCGUCUCAACUUAUCCGAAAGAUUUCAUACAAAUGAUGACACUGAGGCUCAUAUGUUUUUCAUUCCACUUACUUGGUUCGAGAUUGGCAGAAUGAUGCAGAUGAAGGAAAUGAUUUCCUUCCUGUCUUUCUUUGUCCGGUCAAGAAUGGGAAAUGACUCUAAUGCUCAACAUAAUUAUGCUGAGAAUUAUGUUCGGCGCAUAAUUAACGAGUACCCUCACUGGAAUCGGAGUAAAGGGUUUGAUCACUUUCUUAUAACUUGCUGUGACGAUGGAGCAAUAUUCUCUGAAAGAGUUCCACUGAAUAAUUCAAUAAAAGCCUCGUGUCAGGCAAGAAAUGAUGCCAGGCAUCACAUACGCCACAAGCACCACCAUAUAACCAUUCCCCAGCUGAGACAGGCAUUUUUUCCUCCACCGCAUGCCAGUUUUGUUUUCUGUGAGUUCUGUUUUUCUUGCAUUUUUGAGAUGGCAUAUCUAAUAGACAGAGUUGCCUGCCAUGUUUUAGAAGAAACAAGCAACAGUGCAUCCCAUGUCACUAGAAUCUGGGGUGAGAGAGGAUUCCUCCUAAUUGGAUCUAUUUCAGGUUUUCCCCAGAUUUUUAGUUUCUGGAUGAUCUUGUAUGAAGGCUACGAAUUGCCCUUCGGUGACAUCCUUGAUUGGACAAAAUUUUCUGUAAUAAUCAAUAAGGAUGAUGCAGAUCGGGUUGAACAAAUCCUUGAAGACGUUUCGGAUUCAAAAUUCAGUGAACUGCAUAACAACAUACGCAAGGUUCAAAGGCACUUCCAUGGAGAUUUACGAGGACAUAAGCCAUAUGAUGUCAUCGAUAUGAUAAUGUAUGAGCUCUGGUUGCGCCACUUCGCACGGUCUUUCUGA